AGCAUUUUAAUAGUUGAUCCGUGAAGAGUUCGACUCAACAUGAUACAAGUAUUAUUAUUAUUACAGCUCAAUUUUUGGUAAACGGCAGACGUAUCAAAAACGAGAGCAUCUUUAUUUAUUUUUUUACAGGUAGGAUACACUAGCAUGAGCAUGAACGUGAUAACGGGUGUGCUGAUGAGUUUGGUCACGUUGCUCUCGGGCUCCUCGGCAGAGCCUGAAACAUGCCCUUCUGUGUGUGAAUGCUCCGAGUGGAAGUUUUUGACCAUCUCCUGUUUUGACAUCGAAAGUUUCCCGAGAUUUCCAGCAAGCACUGAGACGUUAUGGCUUCUGGAAACUCGCCUGCCGUCCGUUCCAGCCAACGUCUUCUCUCACAUGGUGAACCUCUCAAAAAUAUACAUCUCAGUGGACGUCAUGUUGAAGCGGUUGGAGAGGCACUCCUUCUACAAUCUGAAGAAAAUCACCAACAUAGAGAUUCGCAACACGAAGAGUCUGACAUACAUAGACCCAGAUGCUUUUGGGAAUCUUCCAAACCUCAAAUAUCUGGGGAUUUUCAACACCGGCCUGGCUGUCUUCCCUCACCUGGGCAACAUCCAGUCUAUCGAUGUGAACUUCAUUCUCGAAAUCGUUGAUCACCCCUAUAUUAAGGAGAUCCCACCUAAUUCAUUCCGUGGUAUCACCGACGAUGUGCUGACUGUCAUGUUGUACGGGAACGGCUUCAGAGAGAUUCACCCCUACGCCUUCAACGGGACCAAACUGGAUCAAGUGUACCUUUACAGAAACAGGCAUUUGACCAAGAUGGAUGAGAAAGCUUUUAUGGGUGCAAUCAGAGGGCCCAUGCUCUUGGACGUGUCUCAGACCCGGAUCUCCUCGCUGCCCACUGUCGGCAUGGAGACGCUGCGGGAGCUGAUGGCGCGCGAGGCGUGGGCGCUGAAGAAGCUGCCGCCCAUCAAGACCUUCAAGCACCUGACCUCGGCCGACCUCACCUACCCCAGCCACUGCUGCGGCUUCAAGAACCUGAAGAAGAAGAGGGGCUUCCUGGAGUACCUGUGUAACCUGACGGCUCUGUACGACCAACACCACAAACGCUCCGUGGGGCCCCCGCGCGUCACCUCGCUCCAGGGAGCAGGAACGCCAGAGAGCCCCCUUCCUGUCCCCCCGAUGACGUCCCAAGAUGACGUCGCCGCCGACGUCGCGGACUCCCCCCGACUCAGGGAGGAGGAGGAGGAGGAGGCGUGGCGUCGGCGGCGGGGAGGGGACUUCCCUGGCAGCCUCCUCCACUACCACGCCUACUUCGGGGGCCAGGGGGGCGCCGACGAGGGGGUGGGCUUCGGCGAGACCCUGAAGAACGCGCAGGAGGACGCGGGCCAGGACUUCGACAGCCGCUACGACUACGUGGUGUGCGAGGACGGCGAGGAGGUGACGUGCACGCCCGUGCCCGACGAGUUCAACCCCUGCGAGGACAUCAUGGGCUUCGGCUUCCUGCGCGUGUCCGUGUGGUUCGUCAGCCUGCUGGCCGUGCUGGGCAACGCGCUGGUGCUGCUGGUGCUGCUCACCAGCCACUACAAGCUCUCCGUGUCCCGCUUCCUCAUGUGCCACCUGGCCUUCGCCGACCUGUGCAUGGGCGCGUACCUGCUGCUCAUCGCCUCGGUGGACCUGCACACGCGCUCCGAGUACUUCAACCACGCCAUCGACUGGCAGACGGGCGCCGGCUGCGGCCUGGCGGGCUUCUGCACCGUGUUCGCCAGCGAGCUGUCGGUGUACACGCUGACGGCGAUCACGCUGGAGCGCUGGUACGCCAUCACCUUCGCCAUGCGGCUGGACCGCAAGCUGCGGCUGCACCACGCCGCCACCGUCAUGCUGGGCGGCUGGAUGGGCUGCCUGCUGCUGGCGCUGCUGCCCCUGGUGGGCGUGAGCAGCUACCAGAAGGUCAGCAUCUGCCUGCCCAUGGACACGCGCUCGGCGGCGGCGCAGGCCUACAUCGUGUCCGUGCUGGUGCUCAACAUCGCGGCGUUCGGCGUGAUCUGCGGCUGCUACGUCAAGAUCUACUGCGCCGUGCACAACCCGCACUACCGCUCGGGCUCCAAGGACACCAACAUCGCCAAGCGCAUGGCCGUGCUCAUCUUCACAGACUUCCUGUGCAUGGCGCCCAUCUCCUUCUACGCCAUGUCCGCCGUGCUGGACCGCCCGCUCAUCACCGUGUCCAACUCCAAGAUCCUGCUGGUGCUCUUCUACCCGCUCAACUCCUGCGCUAACCCCUUCCUGUACGCCAUCUUCACCAAGGCCUUCCGGGGGGACGUCUUCAUCCUGCUCAGCAAGGUGGGCCUCUGCCAGCGGCAGGCCCAGCUGUUCCGGGGGCAGACCGUGUCGUCCAAGGGGGGCAGCAGCGCCACCGCCGCCACCUGCCAGUGGUGGCGGGAUCGAGGCGGGGAGGACAAGAGGAUGAAGAAGAAGAAGAAGAAGAAGGGGAGGAUGGAGGAGACGCCGAUCCACGGGAGACGGGACGAGUCGUCGGGACACAGCAGCCAGCAGCCCGUCAGCAGCCAGCAGCCCAGCCCGGAGGAGAGCGGGACUCUGGACACGUGAUCCCACGCAGAGCGUCCCGCCGAGCAGGGGUAGAGGAGACGGCAGUGGGGGCUGGUCCGGGCGUGGGAGAGGGGCCGGACGGACGGAUGGAUGGACAGACGGAGGAGGACGGAAUGGUUCUGCGAGAGUUAAACAGGAGGCCCGGAGGCCCCAGGGCGGGGGCUGGGGUUCACAGGUGGGGUUCAGCUGUUUUCACCAUCUCCAGCCUGGGAAGAUCAUACGGCCGGGCCACUUGUUGGACAGUAUCGCGUGUCACGGAAACAUGUGACAUCGGCUUCGUCUCACUUUGGUUUGUUAUUUUUUUCUAUUGGAGGAGUUAACGUUUUAGCGCAGUGUUUACAAAGAAAGGGACACACACCCGUAUAGAUGUAUACUGUGUAGCCUAAAGAAAGGGAAUUACAAUUUUAAAAGCCUUAUAUUAUAAAGUAAACGCAGGGAUGACUUGAAUUCUCUUUUUAUGUGCUUUUGUUGAGUCGAAAGACAGAAGGCGCGUCCCUAAUAGUGACAUUUUACUCUUGUACAUGUUGUAAAUAAAAUGACCUAUGUUUCUAAUUAAAUGGACAAGAAUUAAUAUCUGACCUCCGGGAUUGCUUUAUCCAAAGCUCUUUUUUUUUAAAACUGGAAGUGAACAUUAUGACUUAACAUUCAAAUGUAACCAGAGUGGUUGAAUAAACCAGCCUAAUGGAAAUGUAUACAUGGUGAACGGUGCCACUGAUGUGAAUAGCAGUUACAAGUACUUGAAAACUCAAAGCUAAUGGGACUUGGUCCUUCACUUAAAACUAAUCCUCUUUCACCUCUUUUUUGUUUUUUGGACCGCUGGUCCCUUGUCCUUGUUCCUGUGAUGUUUUAUACAUACACAUAAUUGGCCUGAAUGGUUAUAUAAAUCAUAUUUUAGAAAAAAAUAAUUCAUCAUCCCUCGAACACACAUCAUUGAAUUAAACAAAUAACCAAGUGUGGAUUUUCAUUAGCAAUUUUCAAAAGAAAUGAGAGAUGGGUAGGAAAGUCAAAAAAAAAAUCCUCUGAAGCCCUUUUUCUCUGCGUUGGAAUGCUCUGGUUGUUAUUCCUAGCAUGGUGGUGAUAUUUUUCCCCCUUUUACAUAGCCAGAGACUUAUACAAUCAGAGCCCAUCGUUUUACCCUUUUCCUGCGAGAGCUUUAAGCAAACAGACCCGGCUGGGGCACAUCUGAUCCGUAACGUGCAGGACCUGCGAUAUUUACGCUAUUACGCGUUAAAGGACGCGCUGCACCCAUAGCGGCUUAACAUCUGGUUAGAAUUUCAUCGGCGGUGUGUGUGACACUUCUUUUUUUUCUUUAAGAGAAACGUACAGACCCAGGCGGGGUGGGUUUGCGAGAUACUUUCCUGGGGGGAAAAAAGGUAGAAUUUAUUUUAUUAUUCACUUGCAGGGACCGCUCGGAGGAAAGAGAUGUGUUGACCACUCAUCUGGACAGUUGGUUUCAGUUUGGGGAAAGCAGUGGGGUGGGGAAUGCCUAACUCUGCUUGCCCUGCUCCACGUUCUCUCCCGAAUCACUCAGGCUAAACGGUAGAGACCGCAGCGGUGGAAUUUUCUCUUAAUUGUUUAUUAGAUGUGGCAUCUGCUCG